AUGGCAGCUCUCCGGCUCGCCCGACUCUUCCUGGCGUGCACCCUGCUCACCUCCUACCAGGACUUUGCCUCCGGCCAGCAGGACAGAGACCUCCCAGCGGAUCGCUUUGCAAGCUACGAGAACAAACAGUCUGCCGGCCGGGUGAGACGGCGAGGCCACGAUACUUUGCGAGGGCCAAACGUCUGUGGAUCCCGGUUUCACUCAUACUGCUGUCCUGGAUGGAAGACCCUUCCUGGUGGGAACCAGUGCAUUGUCCCCAUUUGCCGGAACUCUUGUGGCGACGGAUUCUGCUCACGGCCGAAUAUGUGCACCUGCUCCAAUGGGCAGCUGUCCCCAAACUGUGGCUCUGGAGGAGUUCAGUCCUGCACCGUGCGGUGCAUGCACGGCGGAAGCUGCAGUGAGGAAGCCUGUCUCUGCCAGAAGGGAUACACGGGGACCUAUUGUGGCCAACCUGUGUGCGAAAGCGGCUGCCAAAACGGGGGCCGGUGCAUUGGACCCAACCGCUGUGCCUGCGUUUAUGGCUUCACGGGACCGCAGUGCGAGAGAGAUUACCGCACGGGGCCUUGCUUCAGCCAGAUCAGCAACCAGAUGUGCCAAGGGCAGCUCAGCGGGAUUGUUUGCACCAAGACCAUGUGCUGUGCCACCAUUGGGAGGGCCUGGGGGCACCCGUGCGAGAUGUGUCCAGCCCAGCCCCAUCCGUGUCGCCGUGGCUUCAUCCCCAACAUACGCACUGGAGCCUGCCAAGAUGUGGACGAAUGCCAGGCGAUUCCUGGGUUGUGCCAAGGCGGCAGCUGCCUGAACACGGUGGGCUCCUACGACUGCAAGUGUCCAGCAGGCCACAAGCAGAGCGAGACGAGCCACAAGUGCGAAGAUAUGGACGAGUGCAGCAGCAUCUCCGGCGUUUGCGCUGGCGGGGAGUGCACCAACACGGCGGGCAGCUACGUUUGCGCCUGCCCCCGGGGCUUCAUGACCAGUCCAGAUGGAUCGCGCUGCGUAGACCAGCGGUCCGGCACCUGCUUCUCUGCGCUCCUUGGCGGGCGCUGUGCAGGCGAGCUGCCUGGCCAGUACACCAAGAUGCAAUGCUGCUGCGAGUCCGGCCGCUGCUGGGCCGUUGGGCAGACUCCAGAAAUGUGCCCCGUGCGGGGAUCUGAUGAGUACCGCCGGCUGUGUGUUGACGGUCUCCCAGUGGUUCCGGGCUUCCCCAGCACUUUCCCCGGGAUCCCUGGCUUUGGGCCCAAUGGGGUCGGGCCAGGCAUUAGUGGUCCUGGCAGCUUCGGGCCUAACGGAGCGAACGGGCAAGGCGGGAUCCCCGGGCUGCCGGGCAUGGGGCCGGGCAGCUCAAGCAUCGGAACGGCCACCCUGAACCAGACCAUUGACAUCUGCAAGCAUUUCACCAACCUCUGCUUGAACGGGCGCUGCAUCCCCACCCCAUCCAGCUACCGCUGCGAGUGCAACAUGGGCUACAAGCAGGAUGUGCGUGGCGAGUGCAUUGAUAUGGAUGAAUGUUCCAGCAGCCCCUGCCUGCACGGCGACUGUGUGAACACCCCAGGGUCAUAUCACUGCAAGUGCCAUGAGGGCUUCCAAAGCACCCCCACGAAGCAGGCGUGCAUUGAUAUCGAUGAAUGCAUCAUGAACGGACUGAUGUGCCGCAACGGACGCUGUGUGAACACCGACGGCAGCUUCCAGUGUAUCUGCAAUGCCGGCUUUGAAAUCACGCCGGACGGGAAGAACUGUGCUGAUCAUGACGAAUGUGCCACUACCAACAUGUGUUUGAACGGCAUGUGUAUUAACGAGGACGGCAGCUUCAAAUGCAUUUGCAAACUGGGCUUCGUGCUGGCCCCCAACGGGAGGUACUGCGUCGACAUCGACGAAUGCGAGACCCCAGGAAUCUGCAUGAAUGGGUGGUGCAUCAACACGGAAGGGUCGUUCCGCUGCGAGUGCCUGGGAGGACUGGCCAUCGGUGUGGACGGGCGAGUCUGCGUGGACACCCACGUCCGCAGCACCUGCUACGGGGGCAUCAGGAAGGGCACGUGUGCUCGACCCUUCCCCGGGGCAGUCACCAAGUCCGAGUGCUGCUGUGCGAGCCCAGACCACGGGUUCGGGGAGCCCUGCCACCCCUGCCCAUCCAAGAACUCUGCGGAAUUUCAAGCACUGUGCAGCAGCGGCAUCGGCAUCACGGCUGACGGGAGAGACAUCAACGAGUGUGCCUUGAAUCCCGACAUCUGCCCCAAUGGCAUGUGUGAGAACCUGCGGGGAAGCUACCGCUGCAUUUGCACUCUGGGCUACGAGGCAGAGCCCACGGGCAAGAACUGCGUGGAUGUGGACGAGUGCAGCGUCAACCGCCUGCUGUGUGACAACGGCGUUUGCCGCAACACCCCCGGAAGCUACAGCUGCAGCUGCCCCAAGGGGUUUGUCUUCCGGACUGAGACAGAUACCUGUGAAGAUGUCAACGAGUGCACGUCCAGCCCGUGUGUCAGUGGCCUCUGUCGGAACAACGCCGGCUCGUUCGCCUGCGAGUGCUCGCCCGGAAGCAAGCUGGACUCCAGCGGAACCAUCUGCGUCGACAGCAUGAAGGGCACCUGUUGGCUGAACAUCCAGGAAGGCCGCUGUGAGGUCAACAUCAACGGGGCCACACUGAAGUCAGAGUGCUGUGCCACACUUGGGGCUGCGUGGGGCAGCCCAUGCGAACGCUGCGAGAUAGACUCUGCCUGCCCAAGGGGCUACGCCAGGAUGAAGGGUGUCUCGUGUGAAGAUGUGAACGAGUGCGAGGUUUUCCCGGGGGUCUGCUCCAAUGGGCACUGUGUGAACACAGCGGGGUCCUUCCGAUGCAAGUGCCCAGAAGGUCUGACGCUGGAUGGCUCCGGCAGGACGUGCGUGGAUGUGCGCUUGGAGCAGUGCUACAUGAAGUGGGUGGUGGACGAAUGCACGGCCCCACUCCCGGGCAAGUACCGCAUCGACCUGUGCUGCUGCUCCGUCGGGUCGGCCUGGGGAAGCGACUGCGAGGAGUGCCCCAAGCCUGGCUCGGCCGAGUACAAAGCCAUCUGCCCAAGGGGACCUGGCUUUGCCAACCGAGGCGACGUCUUAUCGGGCAGGCCUUUUUAUAAAGAUGUGAAUGAAUGUAAGCUUUUCUCCGGGCUCUGUACUCACGGCACCUGCCGGAAUGCCAUCGGGAGCUUCCGGUGUCUUUGUGGAAGCGGCUUUGCCCUGGAUGCUGAGGAGAGAAACUGUACAGACAUCGAUGAAUGCCGGAUCUCGCCAGGCCUCUGCGGCCACGGCACCUGUGUCAACAUGCCGGGCAGCUUCGAGUGCGAAUGUUUUGAAGGCUAUGAGAGCGGAUUCAUGAUGAUGAAGAACUGCAUGGACAUCGAUGAGUGUGAAAGGGACCCGCUGCUGUGCCGUGGGGGGGUCUGCGUCAACACAGAGGGCAGCUUCGAGUGCCUGUGCCCCCCGGGACACGAGCUCACUGCGGAGGGCAAUGCCUGCGUGGACAUCAACGAAUGCUCCCUUAGCGAUAACUUGUGCCGGAACGGCCGCUGCGUCAACGUGGUCGGGACCUACCAGUGUGCGUGUGACUCGGGGUUCCAGGCCACCCCGGAUCGCCAAGGCUGUGUUGAUAUUGACGAGUGCACAAUCACGAACGGCGGCUGCGACACGCGCUGCUCCAACUCGGAGGGCAGCUACCAGUGCAGCUGCAGCGAGGGGUACGCGCUGAUGCCAGACAAGCGCUCCUGCACAGAUAUCGAUGAGUGUGAGGACAACCCAGAGAUCUGUGACGGCGGCCAGUGCACUAAUAUCCCCGGCGAGUACCGGUGCCUCUGCUUUGAUGGAUUCAUGGCUUCCCUGGACAUGAAGACGUGUGUCGAUGUGAGUGAGUGUGACUUGAACCCAAACAUUUGUCUGCACGGAGAAUGCGAGAAUACAAAGGGCUCGUUCAUCUGCCAUUGCCAGCUGGGGUAUUUCGUCAAGAAAGGCACAACUGGGUGCACAGACAUUGAUGAGUGUGAAAUUGGAGCCCACAAUUGCGACAUGCACGCGUCGUGCAUCAACAUCCCGGGAAGUUUCAGGUGCAAAUGCCGGGCGGGCUGGCUCGGAGACGGCCUGAAAUGCAACGACCUGGACGAAUGUGCCACGGAGGCACACAGCUGCAACCUGAACGCCAACUGCGUGAACACUCCGGGCUCGUACCGCUGCGCCUGCCGGGAGGGCUUCGACGGAGACGGCUUCUCUUGCUCGGACGUGGACGAAUGUGCCGACAACGUCAACCUCUGCGAGAACGGGCAGUGCCUCAAUGCCCCCGGGGGCUACCGCUGCGAGUGCGAAAUGGGGUUCAACCCCACGGAGGACAGCAAGGCUUGCCAAGACAUCGAUGAGUGCACCUUCCAGAACAUCUGUGUGUUCGGCACCUGCCAAAACCUGCCGGGCAUGUUCCGCUGCGCCUGUGACGAUGGAUACGAGCUGGACAGAAGUGGCGGCAACUGCACAGAUGUCAACGAAUGCGCCGACCCGGUGAACUGCAUCAACGGGCUUUGUGUCAACACGCCUGGCAGCUACCUUUGCAACUGUCCCCAGGAUUUCGAGCUGAACCCCACUGGAGUGGGGUGUGUGGACACCCGUGUCGGAAACUGCUUCCUCGACACCCAGGACCGGGGGGACGGUGGGAUCUCCUGCAGUGCUGAGAUUGGAGUGGGCGUCACCCGGGCCUCGUGCUGCUGUUCUCUGGGCCGGGCCUGGGGGAACCCCUGUGAGCUCUGCCCUCCAGCCAACACCACCGAAUACAAGACCCUGUGUCCGGGUGGGGAGGGGUUCCGUCCCAAUCCCAUCACGGUCAUUCUGGAAGAUAUUGACGAGUGCCAGGAACUGCCCGGACUUUGCCAAGGGGGCAACUGCGUCAACACUUUUGGGAGCUUCCAGUGCGAAUGCCCCCUGGGCUACUACCUGAACGAGGACACCCGCAUUUGUGAAGACAUUGACGAGUGCUCGGCCCACAUUGGGAUCUGCGGCCCGGGAACCUGCUACAACACGCUGGGGAAUUACACCUGCGUCUGCCCGCCGGAAUAUAUGCAAGUCAACGGUGGAAACAACUGCAUGGACAUGAGGAAGAGCCUGUGUUACCGGAACUACAACGACACCUGCGAGAACGAGCUGUCCUUCAACAUGACCAGGAAAAUGUGCUGCUGCUCCUACAACAUCGGCAAGGCCUGGAACAAGCCCUGCGAGCCCUGCCCCACCCCCGCCAGCCCUGAAUACCAGAUCCUGUGUGGAAACCAGGCCCCUGGAUUCAUCAUCGAUAUCCACACUGGAAAACCAAUUGACAUCGACGAGUGCAGUGAGAUCCCAGCCAUCUGCACCAAUGGCGUUUGCAUCAACCAGAUCGGCAGCUUCCGCUGCGAGUGCCCCAUUGGCUUCAGUUACAACAACAUCCUCUUGAUCUGCGAAGACAUCGAUGAAUGCAGCAGCGGAGAGAACCUUUGCCAGCGCAACGCGGAUUGUCUGAACAUCCCCGGCAGUUACAGGUGCGAGUGCUCCUCAGGAUACAAGCUGUCGCCUCGUGGAGCAUGCAUCGGUCGCAACGAAUGCCAGGAAAUCGCCAAUGCCUGCAGCCACGGCGACUGUGUUGACACCGAAGGCAGCUACAUCUGCGUUUGCUUCAACGGGUUCAAGGCCACCGGAGACCUGACGAUGUGUAUGGACAUUGAUGAGUGCGACCGCCAGCCCUGCGGGAAUGGGACGUGCAAGAACACCGUGGGCUCCUACAACUGUUUGUGCUUCCCUGGCUUCGAGUUGACCCACAACAACGACUGCAUGGACGUCGAUGAGUGCUCCUCGCUAGCGGGGCAGGUGUGCCGCCACGGCCAGUGCAUCAACGACGUCGGCUCCUUCCGCUGCCUCUGCCGCGAAGGCUACGACCACACGCCGGACGGCAAGAACUGCAUGGACAUCAACGAAUGCAUCAGUCUGCCCGGGACGUGUUCUCCGGGGACCUGCCAGAACUUGGAAGGCUCCUUCCGCUGCAUUUGCCCGCCAGGCUACGAGGUGCAGAACGACAAUUGCAUUGAUAUCAACGAAUGUGAAGAAGAGCCCAACAUCUGUCUCUUCGGGACCUGCACCAACACGCCCGGCUCCUUCCAGUGCAUCUGCCCGCCGGGCUUUGUGCUGUCCGACAAUGGCCGCCGCUGCUUUGACACGCGCCAGAGCUUCUGCUUCACCCGCUUCGACAGCGGCAAGUGCUCCGUGCCCAAGGCAUUCAACACGACCAAGGCCCGCUGCUGCUGCAGCAAGAUGCCGGGGGAAGGCUGGGGCGACCCCUGUGAGCUGUGCCCGCAGGAGGGCAACGUUGCCUUCCAGGAGCUCUGCCCCUAUGGCCACGGUGCCAUUCCUGGACUGGGAGACACCAGAGAAGAUGUCAAUGAAUGCUCAGAAAACCCAGGAAUUUGCAUCAACGGGGCCUGCAUUAACACAGAUGGGUCGUUCCGCUGCGAGUGCCCCUUUGGGUACAACCUUGACUACACGGGCGUGAAUUGCGUGGAUACGGACGAGUGCUCCAUCGGCAACCCAUGUGGGAACGGAACCUGCACCAACGUGGUCGGCGGCUUUGAGUGUGCGUGUGAUGAGGGGUUCGAACCAGGACCAAUGAUGACGUGCGAAGACAUCAACGAGUGUGCCUUGAACCCGCUGCUCUGUGCCUUCCGGUGCAUCAACACCCUCGGCUCCUAUGACUGCACCUGCCCGUCCGGGUACACCUUGAGGGACGACCGAAGAAUGUGCAAAGAUUUGGAUGAAUGCAUAGAGGGGAUGCAGGACUGUGAAUCUCAUGGGAUGACUUGCAAGAACCUCAUUGGCACUUUCACUUGCAUCUGCCCUCCUGGGAUGCAACGCAGACCGGAUGCUGAAGGCUGUACAGAUGAGAACGAGUGCCGCACAAGACCCGGCCUCUGCCCCAGCGGGCGCUGCGUCAACACCAUGGGCAGCUACCACUGCGACUGCAACGACGGCUUCCAGAGCAGCCCUUCUGGCACCGAGUGCCUUGACACCCGCCAGGGUUUCUGCUUCACGGAAGUCCUCCAGACCAUGUGCCAGAUGUCGUCCACCAACCGCCACCAGGUGACCAAGUCCGAGUGCUGCUGCAGCGGGGGCCGGGGCUGGGGCCCCCAGUGCGAGCUCUGCCCCUUCCCAGGCACGGCCCACUACAAGAAGAUGUGUCCCCACGGGGCGGGCUACAUGACGGACGGGAGAGACGCGGACGAGUGCAGGGUGCUGCCCCACCUUUGCCGGGACGGCCAGUGCGUCAACACGAUGGGCUCCUUCCGCUGCCACUGCAAGCUCGGCUACGUGAACGACAUCACCGGCACGGCCUGCCAGGAUCUGGACGAAUGCAGCCAGUCACCCAAGCCGUGCAAUUUCAUUUGCAAGAACACUGAGGGCAGCUUCAAGUGUUCUUGUCCACGCGGCUACGUUCUGCAAGAGGAUGGCAAGACUUGCAAAGACCUGGACGAGUGCUCGGCCAAGCAACACAACUGCCAGUUCCUGUGUGUGAAUGUCAUCGGGGGAUUCAGCUGCAGGUGCCCGCCUGGAUUCACCCAGCACCAUUCUUCCUGCAUCGACAACAACGAAUGCACGUCGCAGCCCACUCUGUGUGGGGCCAAAGGGCAGUGCCUGAACACCCCUGGGAGUUACAACUGUGAGUGCCAGAACGGGUUUGCCCUCGACACCUCCGGAAACAGUUGUGAAGAUGUGGACGAGUGUGACGGGAACCACCGGUGUCAACACGGGUGCCAGAAUGUACUGGGUGGAUACCGCUGUGACUGCCCCCAGGGCUACAUCCAGCACUACCAGUGGAACCAGUGCGUGGAUGAGAACGAAUGCUCCAGCCCCUCAGCUUGUGGCUCCGCCUCUUGCUACAACACCCUGGGAAGCUUCAAGUGCCUCUGCCCCUCGGGCUUCGACUUCGACCAGGCCUUCGGGGGGUGCCAAGACGUGAAUGAGUGCGCGGCGGGAGGAAGCCCUUGCAGCUACGGCUGCUCCAACACGGAGGGGGGCUACUUGUGUGGGUGUCCAAGCGGUUACUUCCGGGCAGGCCAAGGCCACUGCAUCUCCAGCUUAGGGUUCGGCAAGGAGGCCUACCUGCCUGCUCCACCGGACGAAGAGGAGGAGAACCUGCUUUCACCUGAGGCCUGUUACGAGUGCAAGAUCAACGGGUACCCUGAGGGAGGGCGACACCGACGCAGCAUCAAUGGCACCCGCAUGCUCCAGAAGCUAGGCGUCAGCUUGGCUAGCAUAGAUGUGGACACCCCCUUGGUGGUGGUUCUGAACACUUCCGACCUGCUGCCCAAGGAGCACAUCCUGGAGCUGCUGCCCGCUGUGGCGACCCUGGAGAAGCGCAUCCGCUAUGUGAUCUCCCAGGGGAACCAGCAGGGCUACUUCAGCAUCCACCAGAAGGAGGGGCUGAGCUUCUUGCACUUGGCUGGCAAGCGGGCCGCCCCCGGCACUUACCUCCUGGAGAUCGUCAGCGUGCCCCUGUACCGCAAGUGGGAACUGCACAAGCUGGAGGCCCUGAAGGAUCUCAACUACCUUUCCGGAGAGCUCGGCCAGGCGCUCAAGAUGAGGUUGCAGCUCCACCUCUUCUAA